GCGCAGUGCUCCGUGUUGCAACACACACACACACACACACACACACUGAGCUCGACAGCAAGCGUCAUCUGGAGAAAACAGACAUUUCUAACCAUUUUGAGACAAACUGGGAAACUGCACACGAGCUGUAAAGGAUUAUUGCGAUCAUAAACGGAUUACAACGGAGGAAGUUUGGGGAAAUAGCGCAAUCAAUCAUACUAAAAUCGUUUUCGUCACGUGGUCAAGCUUGACCAAUCGGAGCGAGCCAAAACCAGCGGAAAGUAUGCUCUUUGUUCGGAUAUUUUGCCAACUUUAUCACCAAAUCCGAGCGUAUUACUUUGUAUAAAUCACAGGAUGUGGAUAUGGAGGGGGACGUUUUUUAUGAAAGGAUGCGCCGUGGAUGCGUUUUAUUGCGGUUUUUUUGCGGAUUGCCACGUGUUCAACUUUUGAUAAACAGUGCGUUUAGGCUUAUUUCAUCACAUGACUCCCCCUCCCCCACCAGCUCGUGAACGGGGAAGAAGGCGGACAUGUUUGAGGGAAAUGUGUUGGUUAAAAAGUAUCGAGGUGGAGGACAAGAAGAUUAUUUGAAGAAAGGUCUCGCAUUAUGUUUUUUUUAUUUUUGGGGAUUUACCAGUUUGUAUUCAUUUUAAAUUCAAGGUCUUUUUUUUUUUUUAAAUAUCGUACUUUGAAAAUAUGUAUUUCUUUGUCUUUUCUCAGCCUAAUUGAACUUCCUUUUUAACCGAAGUCCAGUUUGUGUUUUUACAGCGUAAAGUUUUCAAAACUUUAGUAAUAUAUAUAUAUAUAUAAUAUUGUAUGGAUCUAACGUUGGUGUUACUUUCCACCGUUUAUUUGAGUGACAUUGUAGGGAAUUUGUAACCUUGGUGUGGGGGAUGGGCGCAUGUGGUUAGGUAACCAUUUUGGGUGGUUGUCGAGUGAGUGUCGGUCGCUUUUUAAAGAUAAGAAUUUUGUAAAGUGACUAAUUUGAUAACUGUUGUAAUUUUAACCUUUUUUAUGUAUGUGUGUGUGUGUGUGUAUAUAUGUAGUUCUGGUUUACUCUCGUUUGUAAACUCAAAACUCAGGUAUGGUAUUUGUGUUUUCAAACCUAUAUAAAUGUUCCUUGUGAUUUACCUUUUUUUUUUUUACUUUAAUCCACGCUAUUCUGAAUGUGAUCGUCUGAUUAGUUGGGUAAAAGCAGCCUUUACUCAAAUGUAGUCUGAGCUGAGUGAGGAAAACUGCUGUGUCAUUCAGUGGAUAAUGGUAAGUUGUCUAGGUGUGGUCUUUUCAUUGUUCGUUGAAGUAAGUAGGGGCUAACUUACAGCCUCACCUUUUAUACAUUCAGUUAGAAUUGUAAGUUUGGACUUGAUCCCAGUACUACAUUGUUGUCGUUUUUUACAGUCUAUGAUUGCUGUCAGUGUUUGUGGGCCAUGGAGGCCUUGUUUGGCUGUGAGUUCUCAAAUGGUGGCCUUUUUCUGCAGCAGAUGGACGCUACUUAUUUCAGUUGUGUUUGUAAACGAAAUAUGUAGCGUUUUGUGUGUUUUGCCUUGUGUUUUACCGUACUUAUUGUAAAUAAUUCCCCUUUAAUACUCUGUGUCACUGUACUUAAAGAUGGCGGCUGUGCGCCUCUUCCGAAAGACAGAAAUGCGGAUGUUCUGGUAAGUAGAGAGCUCGUGGGGAGAGGCUCUUCAGGCGUACGCGUGACCUGGUGGAAGAACCAAUAGGCUUCUUGGUAUUUAUCCUGGAAGCCCGCGUUACAACCAUUUUGACCAAUCCCUGCCGUCGCUUUGCACACGUUGACGUAAUGUAAUAUGAUAAGGAGGAGGGUGGAUUCGGUACCUUAGCAUUUUGUACAGUUUUAUAUGGAGGAGGCAGUUACAGACGGCGUUUCUGUAAUACUGAAUAGGCUGGGCCAAUAGUAUUGUCCAAUUUCCUUGACGGACAGCAAGAACUUGCGAAUGGGUUGGGCCGAAAGAUUGCUAUUAAAGACUCAGUAGCUAGGGGUGUGGUGACUUUGACGGACAUUGCAAGCAGCGAAUAGAAAGUUAGAGGGCGUGAACAUUUUGGGGCAGUCUAUCCAAUAGGGUGAAUGGUCGAUCUAUAAAAGAACGGGUGUAGUCGCAUCGUCGCCAUUUCAACGAAGCAGAUUAAAGGAGCUCGCAGUGGCGGGGAGCGGAGAAAACUGACGAACAGAGACGGAUCCAGGUCUGAGUCUAGCUAAAAACAGAAUCCGGAUCCAUCCUGAUGGAUAUGGCUGUUAACCCGCUCCUUGACAGCUCCCAUGUCGGGGUUGAGGUUGGCAUAAUGGGAGUCACAACGAUGGACCAGGGUUCUGGCACAGCUGGAAAACGCAUCCGAAAACCUUCACUGCUCUACGAGGGCUUUGAGAGUCCUGGGAUGCCCCCCCUCAAUCAGAUGGCCUAUUCGGGACCCCCGCAGCCCCCGGUGAAAGACCCUAGCCGACAGGGGAGGAUGACCAACCAACUUCAGUUCCUACAGAAAGUCCUGCUCAAGUCUCUGUGGAGGCACCACUUUGCCUGGCCCUUCCAUGAACCUGUAGACGCAACCAAGCUCAACCUACCUGACUAUCAUAAGAUCAUCAAAACUCCAAUGGAUAUGGGCACUAUUAGGAAGAGACUAGAAAAUAACUACUACCGCAGUGCCAGUGAGUGCAUGCAGGACUUCAACACCAUGUUCACCAAUUGCUACAUUUAUAACAAGCCUACAGAUGACAUAGUAUUGAUGGCCCAGUCUCUGGAGAAGGCAUUCCUGCAGAAAGUGGCUCAGAUGCCCCAGGAGGAGGUAGAGCUGCCUCCUCCCCUUCCCCGGAGCAAACCAGGCAAACCUAGCAGAAAGGGCAGAGGUAAUGCAGUCUCUGGAGGAGUGACAACAGCUCAUCAGGUCCCAGCUGUCUCCCAGUCAGCGUACUCACCACCCACCCCGGAAACACCUGACUCCAUCCUCUCACCCCCACAGACACUUUUGACCAAGAACCUGCCCCCUUCCCUUUCAACUGAACAAAGUAUACCUACCAUUACGGGUCUGCCUCCCACACAGCCCACCACUAAGAAAAAAGGUGUGAAGAGGAAAGCAGACACAACCACCCCAACCACUGUAGCCAUGCCCAUCAUGAGCACCAUGGGCGUCAGCGGCAUCAGCCUGGGGAUGGGCGGUGGGCAUGACUCCCCGCUCACCCUCACUUCUCUGGGGGUGGACCACAACUCCAGCCUGGGGAUGAACCAAGGCCUCAGCCUCAGCCAGGGCAUGGGGAUGGGUAUGGGCAUGGGUAUGGGCUGUGGAACAGUGAUGAUGGGUACCAAAUCUGCAGGGGGGGGCAGGAGAGGAGUGAGUGGACGACCUAUCAAGCCGCCCAAGAAGGAUUUACCAGAUUCCAUGCUACCACCGCCGGUGCGCCGCAGCAAGCUGAGCCCCCAGCUGCGCUACUGCAAUGGGGUCCUGAAGGAGCUGCUGUCAAAGAAGCACGCGGCGUACGCCUGGCCGUUCUACAAGCCUGUCGAUGCCUCGUCACUCGGUCUUCAUGACUACCAUGACAUCAUUAAGCAGCCCAUGGACCUCAGCACCAUCAAGCGGAAGAUGGACAGCAGAGAGUAUCGUGACUCCCAGCAGUUCUCUGCUGAUGUUAGACUGAUGUUCUCCAACUGUUACAAGUACAACCCCCCUGAUCAUGAUGUGGUGGCCAUGGCCAGAAAACUGCAGGAUGUCUUUGAGUUCUGCUUUGCUAAGAUGCCAGACGAGCCUCCAGCACCCCCUAGCUCCUCAUCUUCCUCCUCCUCCUCUUCGUCGUCAUCUGAGAGUGAGCUCAGCAGUGAAAGUGAGGAGAGCGAGAGCAGCCCCAGCUCUGACUCUGAGGAGGAGAGGGCAAACCGGCUGGCAGAGCUGCAGGAACAGCUAAAAGCCGUACACGAGCAGCUCACGGCACUCUCCCAGGGCCCCAUCGUCAAACCCAAGAAAAAGAAAGAGAAGAAGGACAAGAAAAAGAAGAAAAAGGUAGAAAAAGAGAAGCAUCGGAAGAUAGAGGAAGAGCUGCCACCUAUUAAACCGGCCAAGGCCCCCAAGAUCACCAAAACUCCAAAACCCAAGAGCAACCGAGGAACGGCCUGUCCUGUAAUGCCGAUUAAGAAGGCACCGAGCAAGAAAAACAACAAGAGCAAAUCCAAAAAGGGCGGCAUGACGUUUAGCAUGCCUCCGCCGGUCCACGAUCCCAUAGUGAGUCAUUUUGACUCGGAUGAAGAGGAGGAGACGGCACCCAUGUCAUAUGACGAGAAGCGUCAACUCAGCCUGGACAUUAACAAGCUGCCCGGUGAGAAGCUGGGCCGUGUUGUUUACAUCAUCCAGUCCCGCGAGCCCUCCCUCAGAGACACCAACCCAGAGGAGAUCGAGAUAGACUUUGAGACAUUGAAGCCAUCAACACUGCGGGAGCUGGAGAGAUAUGUCAUGACGUGCCUGAGGAAGAAACCUCGAAAGCCAUAUGCAAGUAAAAACAACAUUGCUGGCAAGUCCCGGGAAGAGCUCGCUCUGGAGAAACAAAUGGAGCUGGAGAGAAGGCUGAUUGACGUCAGUGGUCAGCUCAACUCUGGAAAGAAGCCUCCUAAGACCAAACCAGAGAAACCUGCAACAGAGCCGCACACGCAGCCGUCGCGUCUCAGUGCUAGCAGCUCCUCCUCAGACUCCUCUUCGUCAUCCUCUUCAUCAUCAUCCUCAGACACAAGCGACUCAGACUCCGGCUGAGAGGCAGAGAGUUUCCAUAUGAAAGGGUCAUGUGAGGGACCCUUGGUGUGUUGCUUUCCCACCGAGUGGACUGAACUGUAGUAGAGCUACUGACGAUGGAGCCGCAGGACGGAUCAGACGAGACCAGAGCUAGGCAGAACUGGUCCGACUCGACUCGAAGUGUCAAACCAAGAAAGAGAGAGAUGGGGCUUUCUCCUUUGCUCAGCUCAUUCAUCCGAUCCUGUCCUGGACGCAGAAACGUUGAGGAUGGGUGAAUGGAAGGAAAGAAGGGGACUCAUUGUAAAAUCCUGCUGUUCUCUGGAGAACUGGCCUUGUUGGGCAGAGCGGGGGAUGAUCCAUCUCCUGGGGAAAAAAGGAGAAGAGUGCCGCAUGCGUUGGAGGGAUAAGGGUGCUAGAGCCAGAAUCUGUCUUAUUUCUGGAGAUAAUUUCCCUUCUUCCCGUGCUCCCUGUCUUUAUGCUGUAUAGAUAAGGUGUACAGUUAUAUAAAUAUCUAUUUUUCUUUUAUAAAGAAGCAUUUUAUGGAGCUAAUUUAUUCCCUCAUUCUGGGAAAGAUGAACUGGUGUGGGCGGAGUUGUUUUAGUUUUUGUUUAAUUUUUUUUCUUGAGUGACAGAAGGUAGAGGGGAAACGUGUGUGUGUGUGUGUGUGUGUAUGUAUGUGUGUGUGUGUAUGUAUGUAUGUGUGUAUGCCUGCAUGAAUGUGUCACAUAUGUGUUUGCAUGCACACGUGCGAGUGCGAGAUCCGGCACCACAAGUGCAGCCUUGUGAAGUUCUCAUAGUUUUGACGCAGGCGUUGAAAAUCAGUCUGCACGCAGAAGCACCUUGGUUCAGUAGAAUGCAUGCAAUACAGAGGAGCUGACAAACAUCUGCAUACUUAUGUACUACUUUACUGCAUCCUUGUGUACUCAUGUACUUGUUUGAAAGGGUUGGCCACUGUACAGAAAUAUGACAUAGUUACACAUCAGUUUAUACAUAAAUAUUUCUGUUCCCAUGUGUGCUGUCUAUUAUUAUUUUUUCAUCCAUGUCUCUGUAAACGUGUUGCUUUUUUCUUCUUGUGACCAAUCUGCUAAUAAAUUGUGAGGACGUGUCUUGUCCACUCACCUGUGCCCAAAUAACAUCUUGGUUCUUUUGAUUUAUUUUGGUGUUCAGGUCUGUUUGACUCGAGGCACAAAACAUCUGACUAGACUUGAGUAUUUGAAGUUGCAAGAAGAAGUUUUUGCUGGUUCUUACAUUUUAAUAUUUUAUUCAAGUAGGUGAAGCAUUUUGGGUUGAUUUCCCAUGGGCCAUCACUUCUUAACACCAUGGUGUCACAAAAGCAAAUGCUUUGUCUUUGAAACAAUUUGGCCUUUGAGAUCUAUGGCAGCUGAAAGUUUUAUUUUCUGUAUUAACUGAGUUUUGUUUAAGUUUACUUAUUUGUGUGAUUUUUAAAAACAUUAGUAAUACCAGGUUGGGAAGUUUGGCAGGUAAGAAAAGCAAUGUGUUGGUGAAAACAUGGAAGUGGCUUUUAACAUUUUGGGAUCCAGCAGCCAGUUUAACCAGUAAACAAAAGAGAUGGUUUAAUGUUGUGAGUAAUAACAAUGCACUGUUUGUUUGGUGGUACUACUAAACAAUUUUGUCAUUUUUAGGUAAAGUGUGUAUCAUUUCUGUUCUUUUAAAAUCACCUAUGGCUUGAGAUUGGAGUAUUGUAUGUUUGAAACUAAUUAUUUAUUUAGAAGGAAUUUGAAUGGAGAUACUUUUUUUUUUUUUUUUCAUAAUACUGAAAGUAAUCAAAAGCUUUUUAAUCGAAGUCUGCUCUAUGAAAUAUGCACAGAUUAACUGUCAGGAUUGUAGAAGUGUACAUAUUUUACAGUCUCAAUCUUUGAGCAUGUUUUUGUUUUUCCUUCAGUAACUUAGUCAAGCUUUUUCUUUGUCUCUCGGGCUACUGUUCUAAAACAAAAUACUCCAGAGUUGUCAGUCUUAACUUUUCUGAAGUUUGUCAGAAAUGUAAAUGCCUCUGUACUUGACUCCAUCAUUUCAUCUGAACAUCUGUACAUAAAUAAACUGAGACAUGUUCAUCUUU